CCAAUCAGAGCCAAAACCGGCUCACUUCUGGCACCCUAAAGAUAAGCGUGUCUAAAGCUGAUGCAAUAGCUAUAUCGGAACAGCAUACCAGAGGCAGACCGUGGGAGCAUCAGAUAACCCGCAUCAUAUUUACUGGAAGAGACAAGGACGCAUUGAAACAACCCAUGGCUCGAGCGCUUAGCAAAUUGGUGCGGCACGCACUCCGGACGCAUGGCUGCGGAUGCGAGUCUUUGACAGUGUCUGUCCGCAGCAUCAGUUUUUCGCCACGUCAGGUCACCUCAGAUGCAGGCUUUCAUUCCGUGUCUUUCUCCGAGACCGAUCAUCCCAAAGUCCUUAUCACCGGCGGUCUUGGCCAGCUGGGGGUGGGGCUUGCCAAGAUGCUGCGGCGGCAAUUUGGAAAGAAUAAUGUUAUUCUGUCUGACAUCAGAAAGCCUCCCAGUGAUGUAUAUCACAAUGGUCCCUUCAUUUAUUCAGACAUCCUUGACUACAAGAACCUGCGUGAGAUUGUGGUGAAUAACCGCAUUACCUGGCUGGUGCACUACAGUGCGCUCCUCAGUGCUGUGGGGGAAGCCAAUGUGUCAUUGGCCCGAGACGUCAACAUCACUGGCCUGCAUAAUAUCCUGGACAUCGCAGCAGAGCAUGGCCUACGUCUGUUUGUCCCCAGCACCAUUGGGGCUUUUGGGCCCUCUUCUCCCCGCAACCCCACUCCUGAUCUCUGCAUCCAGCGGCCACGCACAAUCUAUGGCGUCUCCAAGGUGCAUGCUGAACUCAUGGGAGAGUAUUACCACCACAGGUAUGGGCUGGAUUUCCGCUGUCUGCGGUACCCAGGCAUCAUCUCGGCAGACUCUCAGCCUGGAGGAGGGACGACAGACUACGCCGUGCAGAUCUUCCAUGACGCGGUGAAGACUGGCAAGUUUGAGUGCAACCUGAGGCCCGACACACGGCUGCCUAUGAUGUACAUCACCGACUGCCUGCGUGCCACGCUGGAGAUGAUGGAAGCUCCAGCUGAGGUGCUCAGCAUGCGCACCUACAACAUCAAUGCCAUGAGCUUCACGCCUGAGGAACUGGCCCACGAGCUGCAGAAGCUGCUGCCUGGGCUUCAGGUCACCUACCACAUCGACCCCGUCAGACAGGCCAUAGCGGACAGCUGGCCCAUGAACUUUGAUGACAGUAAUGCACGGAAAGAUUGGGGCUGGAAGCACGACUAUGACCUGCCGGAACUGGUGCAGACCAUGCUUAACUUCAUUGGGUCAGACUCGAGGAUUGCCAGUGCCAACUGAGAUCUAUAGAAUCUGAAUGGUUCUGUACAUAUGGGCAGUUCAGACUAUCAGGGACCGGAGACCCAGAGGAAUGUAAAUAUUUUGAGUGCACAGUUGGGUCUCUUUUAGUAAUUUCACUCCUAAAAAAGGGAUUUUAUCAGUAUGUGUCUGUGUCUCUGUCUGUCAUUUGUCACUGACAGUUAGUCCUCCAUACAUUGGGGCAUCUCCAAGGUCAAAAGGGAUUUAGUAUGUUACAGUGUUUUCCAACCUCCUCCAAAAAACACACACUUGAUAGCCAUAAUGUGUCUUCGUCUACCAGGUAAUGUCUGUCAAACCAAAUAUGAGAUAGAUUCUGCUCAGUGAACUUAAACAUACAUGCCUUGAAUCGGCCACAAAGAAUGUUGUUCACAUGUGUUAGGGUCCGUGUGAUCUUAUACCAAACUAUCUAGUCUUGUCCAAAUGUGAUGAUGGAAGGAAAAAGGAAGUCUUCAGUCGUUUUCAUGUUGCUGAAAGUAGUCUGACCUCGCAGUACAAUUUGUAAUUGUAUUAGAAAAAAUGCACUCUACUGAAUGCUUGGUUUCAUGAAGUCAAAUGCUCAACUAUUUAUUUUUUGCACUCAACAAGAAUGUAAUUCUAGUUUUGUGUUUUUACUUAGAAAUAUCUGAUCUUAUCCAGCUGGUGCUACCCUGAGACUCUUGCUUUGAGAGCAUUACUAAGCCUAAUGAUGUAACGGUGCUUUAUUAUACUUUGUCUGUUUUAUGGCUAGUGGUAAAAUGUGUUUCAAUUUAUGUUCAGGGAAUUUGAAGCCCUCACUCUUUUAAAAUUAUUAUUUUCCAAAAUCAGUGAAUUAAUGUAGAAUGGAAAAAUAUAAUUCCAUUCAACCCUUGUAAUAUGUCUUGUUGCUUCAAUUAGCAGGAGGGAUCAAUUAAAGAUAUUGUAGAGGCUGAAUAUAUUUUUUUCAGUGUAAAUGCCUCUUCAUAUGUUCAACAGAACAUGGAACACUUCAUUAACUCCUCAACUGAAGUUCAUGGAGGGCUUUUCUGUAUAGUUUGAUCGGUAAGCAUUCGAAUACAAUGCGGCUACAUUUCCAUUUUUUUGACCGCCUGUGAAAUCAUAUUUUGAAGGGACUUCCAUCAUAAGUGACAUGUGUUGCUCAAAAUGUCAAAUUCCUGCAAUGCAAUAUGCCCAUGACCUGCGAGGAACAAACAUUUUACACAUUUCUUGUUUGUUUUUCCAACAGAAUGUGUAAUCAUAAAUUUGUGUUUAGGAUACAGGGAAUAGUGGUCAAAUGAACUCGAAGUACUCUUCAGUAGCAUGCUAUUUGAUAUAUGUACAUGAUGUGCAUUUUGAUGAGACUUAAAUUACAACAAAUCAACUAAU